AUGCCAAUGCCAAUGCCAAUGCCAAUGCCAAUGCCAAUGCCAAUGCCAAUGCCAAUGCCAAUGCCAAUGCCAAUGCCAAUGCCAAUGCCAAUGCCAAUGCCAAUGCCAAUGCCAAUGCCAAUGCCAAUGCCAAUGCCAAUGCCAAUGCCAAUGCCAAUGCCAAUGCCAAUGCCAAUGCCAAUGCCAAUGCCAAUGCCAAUGCCAAUGCCAAUGCCAAUGCCAAUGCCAAUGCCAAUGCCAAUGCCAAUGCCAAUGCCAAUGCCAAUGCCAAUGCCAAUGCCAAUGCCAAUGCCAAUGCCAAUGCCAAUGCCAAUGCCAAUGCCAAUGCCAAUGCCAAUGCCAAUGCCAAUGCCAAUGCCAAUGCCAAUGCCAAUGCCAAUGCCAAUGCCAAUGCCAAUGCCAAUGCCAAUGCCAAUGCCAAUGCCAAUGCCAAUGCCAAUGCCAAUGCCAAUGCCAAUGCCAAAGCCAAGCCAUGCCAUGUUGACCAACCCUCCAGCCAACCGCCAUGCCUGCCAACCGCAAAUGCCAGCCACUUGGAGGGGAUGA